GGCAGUGAGAGUGGAGCAGCCAGGCAGCGCAUCUCAUCCUCCUCCUCCUCUCCCUCUCUCUGUCUCUCUCUCUCUCUCUCCCUCUCUCUCUCUGUCUUUAUCUCUCCACCUCUCAUUCUCUCUCUCCUCACAAAGCGCAGCGGAUUCUAUCCGUCACAACUUGCAGAGCAUCUGAGGCUCAGCACACAGCGUGAUUAUGUUCUGAGAAACGAUUACCGUUGGGCUGUUCGACUAGACAGAACGAGCGACUCUUACGUCUAUGAGCAUCUUUAAUCUGACCUGAUAAACCUGAGUGUAGCAUUUAGUAUGUUGGUGAUGGUGUGCAUGGGCUCUGCUGACUAUGAGGAUUGUGGAUCAUAAAGAGAGAGAGAGAAAAGCACAGAGAGGAGAGCACAGAGAGCGCUGCUGAUUCAUUCCCGGACUAACCUUGGUGCCUCUUGCAAUGCUGGGUGAAGAAUGUUCUCUUUAGGAGGUUCUACUCCCUCCUACAGUGUAGGAUUCAUGGCCAGGAAGCCAGUAUUGCCCUUCAGCAGCACAGCCGAGGUCAUUGGCGUAUUUUUUUAAACCCAUCUCCAUUGAGUUGUGGGAAUCAGGUUCUUUAAGAACUUUUUUUUUUUCAGAAUACUUUUAGGAACUAUUAUCUUUAUCAUGGUGCUCCGAUCGUGCCCAGGCAAUCGUCUGCUCUGGGUCGGACUCUUUGUGUGCACCCUGGUAGAUGCCAGCUCCAGCCUGAAGUUCUCUGGUGCUGAGGGCCAGUGGAUGGCAUUCCCCAUGUGGAACGCCUGCUGUGAGAGUGAGAUGAGCUUCAACAUGAAAACCAAGAGCUCCCAUGGACUCCUGGUGUACUUUGACGACGAAGGCUUCUGCGAUUUCUUGGAGCUGCUCAUGAACAACGGCAAGCUUAAUCUCCGCUUCUCGAUCUUCUGCGCCGAGCCGGUGGCCGUGAUGUCAGACGUGCAGGUCAACGACAGCAAGUGGCAUGCCAUCAUGGUACGGCGGAACUUCCAGAACACAACGCUCAUCGUGGACAACGAGGUCAAAUGGGUGGAGGUGAAGUCCAAGAGACGGGACAUGACUGUGUUCAGUCACCUGUUCUUAGGAGGGAUACCACCGGAGCUACGGUCCGUGGCGCUACGCCUGACAUCGAACGCCGUGAAGGACCAGGUUCCCUUUGAGGGUUGGAUAACGGACUUGAAAGUCAACGACUCUGCGCCUGUCAUUCUGAACAGCGCAGGAGUGGACAGUGAUGCGUGUGAUGACGAUAACGUGUGCUUUAAUGGAGGAAUUUGCAACAUCAUCGAUAACGAACCCACGUGCAACUGUACCGAGACGGGAUUCCACGGAAAAGACUGCACCGAAGAAGACAACCGAGCCAAAGGUCUGGCACACCUGAUGAUGGGAGACCAAGGUAAAUCUAAAGGGAAAGAAGAAUACGUGGCGACCUUCAAAGGUUCCGAAUACUUCUGCUACGACCUGUCGCAGAACCCGAUACAGAGCAGCAGCGACGAGAUCACGCUCUCGUUCAAAACCCUGCAGAGGAACGGACUGAUGCUGCACACGGGCAAAUCGGCCGACUACGUCAACCUGGCGCUGAAAAACGGGGCGGUUUCGUUGGUCAUUAAUUUGGGGUCCGGGGCCUUUGAAGCCCUGGUGGAGCCAGUCAAUGGAAAGUUUAAUGACAAUGAUUGGCAUGAUGUCAAAGUAACAAGGAAUCUUCGUCAGCAUUCAGGCAUUGGACACGCUAUGGUUACGAUAUCCGUGGAUGGAAUUCUUACCACUACGGGAUACACGCAGGAGGACUACACCAUGCUAGGCUCGGAUGACUUCUUCUAUGUGGGAGGAAGCCCUAGCACGGCCGACCUGCCCGGAUCUCCCGUUAGCAACAACUUCAUGGGUUGCUUGAAGGAGGUGGUUUAUAAGAACAACGAUGUCCGGUUGGAGCUUUCCAAGCUGGCUUUGCAGGGUGACCAUAAGAUGAAGAUCCAUGGCGUGGUGGCCUUCAAGUGUGAAAACGUAGCCACUCUUGAUCCAAUCACCUUUGAAACACCGGAAGCUUUCAUCACGUUACAUAAGUGGAACGCUAAGAAGACCGGCUCCAUAUCCUUUGACUUCCGCACUACGGAACCGAACGGGCUACUUCUGUUCAGCCACGGGAGGCCAAAACAGCAGACCAAGGAGGCGAAGACUCCGGUCACUCUUAAGGUGGACUUCUUCGCCAUUGAGAUGCUGGAUGGUCAUUUAUACCUGCUCCUAGACAUGGGCUCGGGCACCACCAAAACACGAGCGGUCAAUAAAAAGGUGAACGAUGGCGAGUGGUACCAUGUGGACUUCCAGAGGGAUGGAAGAUCAGGUACGAUAUCGGUAAACACGGUCCGCAUGCCUUAUCAGGCUCCGGGCGAGAGCGAGAUCCUGGACCUGGAUGACCACCUGUACCUCGGUGGUCUUCCUGAGAACCGAGCAGGUCUGGUGUUUCCCACCGAGGUGUGGACGGCGCUGCUGAAUUACGGCUUCGUGGGGUGCGUACGCGACCUCUUCGUCGACGGCCAGAGCAAAGACGUUCGGCGCAUGGCUGAGGUCCAGAAGGCAGUAGGGGUGAAGCCGUCGUGCUCCAAGGAAGCACCUAAGCAAUGCCUGAGUAACCCAUGUCAGAACAACGGCAUCUGCAGAGAAGGAUGGAAUCGUUAUGUAUGCGACUGCGCCGCUACCGGGUUCCUGGGCCGGUCUUGCGAGAGAGACGCCACCAUUCUAAGCUACGAUGGCAGUAAGUUCAUGAAGAUCCAGCUCCCGGUGGCCAUGCACACCGAGGCCGAGGACGUCACGCUCAGGUUCCGAUCGCAAAGAGCGUACGGUGUCCUGAUGGCCACCACAUCCCGGGACUCCGCCGACACGCUGCGACUGGAGCUGGAGACCGGACGAGUCCGUCUGACCAUUAAUCUAGACUGUUUCAGGAUUAACUGUACAUCCAGUAAAGGGCCUGAGACGCUGUUCACUGGACAAAACCUGAACGAUAACGAGUGGCACACGGUGCGAGUGAUGAGGAGAGGAAGAAGUCUGCAGCUGUCUGUGGAUGAGUUUCAGCCUGUUGAAGGUGAGAUCCCAGGUGACCACACCCAGCUGGAGUUCCACAACCUUGAGACGGGGAUCAUCACGGAGAAGCGCCACCUCUCCACCGUUCCCUCCAACUUCAUCGGCCACCUGCAGAGCCUGGUGUUCAAUGGCAUGGCCUACAUCGACCUGUGCAAGAACGGAGACAUCGAGUACUGCGAGCUCAACGCCAUGAUCGGCUUCAAGAACAUCAUCGCCGACCCUGUGACCUUCAAGUCUCGCUCCAGCUACGUGUCCCUCAGCACGCUGCAGGCCUACUACUCCAUGCACCUGUUCUUCCAGUUCAAGACCACGUCGUCCGACGGCCUCAUCCUCUACAACAGCGGAGACGGAAACGACUUCAUCGUCGUCGAACUCGUAAAGGGCUACCUGCACUACGUAGCGGACCUGGGGAACGGUGCCCACCUCAUUAAAGGGAACUCCAACAAGCCUCUGAAUGAUAAUCAGUGGCACAACGUCAUGAUCUCCAGAGACACCAACAACCUGCACACAGUCAAGAUCGACACCAAGGUCACCACGCAGACCACCGUUGGAGCCAAAAACCUCGACCUAAAGGGGGAUCUGUUCAUCGGGGGCGUGGCUAAAGACAUGUAUAAGGAGCUUCCUAAACUGGUUCAUGCUCAGGAGGGAUUUCAGGGCUGUCUGGCCUCCAUGGACCUGAACGGCCGUCUGCCGGACCUCAUCUCUGACGCGCUGACCUGUGUGGGGCAAAUCGAGAGGGGCUGCGAAGGUCCCAGCACCACCUGUCAGGAGGACUCUUGCUCUAAUCAGGGUGUGUGUCUGCAACAGUGGGAAGGUUUCAGUUGUGACUGCAGCAUGACGUCGUUCGGAGGACAUCAGUGUAAUGAUGCGGGAACGACGUACAUAUUCGGACGUGAAGGAGGUAAGAUCACGUACACGUGGCCUCCCAACGACAGGCCGAGCACCAGAGCUGACAGACUGGCGCUGGGCUUCAGCACUCAGCUUAAAGACGCCUCGCUCAUCAGAGUGGACAGCUCAUCUGGACUGGGAGACUAUCUCAAACUGCACAUUAAAAAUGGCCAUGUGGCGGUGAUCUUCAACGUGGGCACGGACGACAUCAACAUCGAGGAGAAGUCGAAGUUUGUGAACGACGGCAAGUACCACGUGGUGAAGUUCACCAGGAGCGGGGGUAAUGCCACGUUGCAGGUGGAUGACCUGCCAGUCAUUGAGCGCUACCCCACAGGCAACAUUGAUAACGAACGACUGGCGAUCGCUAGGCAGCGAAUCCCAUAUCGACUCGGUCGAGUAGUUGACGAAUGGCUACUCGACAAAGGUCGUCAGCUCACCAUUUUUAACAGUCAGACUACAAUCCUGAUCGGAGGCUGGGAGCGAGACAAGACUCCCUCCUUCCAAGGCCAGAUGUCAGGCCUCUACUACAACGGGCUGAAAGUGUUCAACAUGGCCGUCGAGGGAAACCCUAACGUCCGUGUCGAGGGCAGCGUGAGGCUGGUGGGCGAAGCGCCUUCCUCGUCCUCCUCCUCGUCCUCCUCCUCUUCUUCCUCCUCCAUCACACCUCAGUCCAACGCCUCCACCUCCGUUAUGGAGACCACCACGACCACCAGCAGCACCACCACCGCCUCCAGCCGCAGAGUAAAGCAGACCACGCCCAGAGACACGCAGCAGACGACGGAUGACCUGUUGGUGGCGUCUGCCGAGUGUCCGAGCGACGACGAGGAUAUCGACCCUUGUGAGCCGAGCUCAGGUGGGUUAGCGAGCCCGACAGGUCCGGGUCUGAAGGGAUACCCUGACCCGGUGGAGGUGCGGGAGUCCAGCAGCACCACAGGUAUGGUGGUGGGCAUCGUGGCAGCAGCCGCCCUGUGCAUCCUCAUCCUCCUCUACGCCAUGUACAAGUACCGCAACCGGGAUGAAGGCUCUUAUCGCGUGGACGAGAGCCGCAACUACAUCAGCAACUCGGCGCAGUCCAACGGCACCGUCCUCAAAGAGAAACCAGCCAACGUGGCCAAGAGCGCCGCCAAGACCAAGAAAAACAAGGACAAGGAGUAUUACGUUUGAUCGCUCUUUCACUGGACGUGAUCCAGGAAACGCUUUUUUUUAAGGACUUCUGGAUAUUUUUUAGUUUGGAUUUGUUUUGUUUCUUCAUAUCUCUCUCUCUCUCUCUCUCUCUCUCUCUCUCUCUCUCUCUCUCUCUCUCGCACUCUCUUUGAAAGAAUAAUACGAAACCAUAUCCUGUGUAUAAUAGCAAGGAGGAAAAAAACUGAAACGAAAACUGCUUU